CUUUCCCUCUAUCUCUUUCUCUGUCUCUCUGCCUGCACCUUUCUUUCACAACUCAAUCAAAAAAAGUAUAUCCAAGGUGGUGGGUGGUUAACCUGUCCAUCUAUCAAUCAAUCAAUCACUCAAUCACUCAAUAGAUCGAGAGAGACCAAUCAUCAAACCGAAUAUAAGAGAAGAAAAAGGAGCUUCCGAAAAUGUCAUCAUCCAACUCUUCUACCACACUAUCACUGGACCACCAACACCCUCCUUCCGAGCAACUUUGUUAUGUCCAUUGCAACAUAUGUGACACCAUCCUAGCUGUGAGUGUUCCUAGCACUAGCUUGUUCAAGACUGUGACUGUGAGAUGUGGUCAUUGCACUAACCUCCUUCCGGUGAACAUGAGGGCAUUGCUGCUGCCAUCACCCAAUCAAUUUCAUUUGGGUCACUCUUUCUUCUCCCCACCCCAUAACCUUCUGGGGGAGAUGCCAAACCCGUCUCCAAAUUUUCUUAUGAACCACACAAAUGCAACAAGUAACUUCUCUCAGUUCUCUGUGCCUGCUAGAUCUGCAGCUGAUGAGCUUCCCAGGCCACCGAUCAUAAAUAGACCAGCUCCAGAGAAGAGACAGAGAGUUCCCUCAGCAUACAACCGCUUCAUUAAGGACGAGAUCCAACGCAUCAAGUCUGUCAAUCCUGAUAUUACUCACAGGGAAGCCUUCAGUGCAGCUGCUAAAAAUUGGGCCCACUUCCCGCACAUCCACUUUGGUCUCAUGCCUGAUCAGACUAUGAAGAAGACAACUGUGUGCCAGCAGGAAGGAGAGGAGGUUCUCAUGAUGAAAGAUGGGUUUUAUGCUUCAGCUAAUGUUGGUGUUUCACCCUACUAAUUCACCACCAUGUCAAAAAGGAAAAUUUCAACCUUUCAAGCUCAGCAAACUCUGAUUUUCCUUAACUUCAAUGUGCAUCUGUUUGUGGCUGAUGAAGAGUGUUUAUGUUGAUAGCUAAGGACUACUGUUAUUUUCAUUAGCUAGCUCUAUUAGCAUUGUGCAUGCAUGUAGUUUGCUUCUUAAUUAGUAGACCUUAAUCUUUUAAUGUCAUGUUCUUGUAUUUCCGCA